AAAAAAGAAAUUGUUUCUUUGUUUAAUUCUCCACCAAAAAAACACCUAUAGAUUUACACUUUUGAAUUUAAUUAUCUUGUCUGUAUUUUAUCUACCCAUUUGUUUAUAAAUUCUAUAACUGCCGUCAUCAGUUUUACUUUGACACAAAGAAAAUGUCGGCCCCAACAGACACUCGGAGCAAGGCCUACAGCCGGCCAACCCCCGAGCUGGUGGUUCAGGCUAUCGAGGAGGCAGACUCGUGCGUGGUUCUCCUCGACACGAGCUUGUCGAAGCAGCUUGGGCUUGGAGACGCGCUAGACGAUCCUGCGAUCCAGGCCGCAACAAACAACGCAUCUUGUUUGACGGCCGAGCCCACCAAUGUCUACAGCGCACUAUCGACCUUUUGUGGAACAUUGACCAGAGCACCCAAACCGAAACUGCAGGAGGUGCUAAAGCACUUGGCGCUCUCAGGCAAACUCGCUCGGGUCUACACUAAUGAUGCAAACAUGCCGCUGCUACUCACAAGGCAGAGCGGCAAAGUGGCUGGCAGUGACGACCAGCUGACUAAAAUUGAGUCGCGGAUUGUUGCUGUUCGAGGUUGUAUUGACAAGUUUAUGUGCGCAAAGUGCAGCGCAAAGUGCCAGCUUACUCAGGCCGUUCUCUUCAAAGCAAUGUGCGGCCAGCAGGUUGCCUGCGAGGUGUGCGGCGAUCGCGGGAUGCUCGCCAAGAAGAUGGGGGAGGCCCAGAAUGGGUUGGUGCCUGACGUGUUCAGGACAGUGCCCAAUGCCCAAGUAGCGAUUGAACUGGCACAGGCUGACGCCAGCGCCGGUGUGCACCUCCUCGUGAUACUUGGGUCAGCAGAGGGCGAUUCGGAUGCGUGGUCGGCAGUGGUAUCUGCAUUAGACAGCUCUUCCCGGAACACCAUUUCCGUUGGCAGCGAUAUUGAGUCGUUUGUCCAAGAGUGGGCGCUGGAAUGUGCGGCCACGGCAGGUGUUCAAUCGCCUGGGUUGAUAUCCAGAGUUGCCGACAUGACCCUGGUUGCUUCCAGCAGCGACCCUGAGGAGAGCAGCAACGGACCGUUGCAUAAUCAGAGGAACAACGAAAAUUUGGUUUUGGGUGUGGAUAAUGCCACAUCGAGUGACAAGAACAGCAAUGGCAGGGGACCAAAGGGUUCCAAGGGACGGAACCGCGAUCGCACAAACCUCACACAUCUGCUCAACUUUUCACUCCCCGCACGAUUGCCCUUGCCACCGCAGCCUAUGCGGCCUCGGCGCCGGGCUGCUGCCGAUCCUGGUGUUGGCGGCGAGCGCCAGGCACAAAUCAACAAGACCAUUUUCAUGAACGCUAACUUUCGUUUUGUGCUAAAGCCCCAUUUCUGGACCAACUUUAUGCCAAUCACCGUGCGGCCAGACAUGCAGCUCCGGUGGGAAUGGAUUGAGCGCGUGAUCAUGCCGGUCACAGGUGAGACCGUCACUUGCCCAAUUUGUCUGUCGCCGCCGGUCGCGUCGCGAGUCACAAAAUGCGGCCACAUUUUUUGUUACGCAUGCGUCCUGCGGUAUCUGUCUUAUGUGACUGAAGACGAGCAUGAUGCCAAGAAGUGUCCCAUCUGCUGGGCUGCCAUUGCAUAUGACGACUUGCUGCCCGUUCAUUUUUGGUCGGCCCAGUACCGCACAAAUGGCAGCGACAACUCGGCGUUGCACCACGUCUCGCAUAGUGCUGCGAAACUGGCUACUGGAGCGCACAUUACCAUGCGGCUGAUGAAGCGCCUUCGUGGAACGACGGUAUGUUUGCCGAGAUCAACCUCUGCCCAGGUGUACUCUUCUGAACUGGUCAAGAACCACCAUGCAGCCAACAAGGACGAUGGCAAGUGCGGUGCAUUCGAGAGCUACAAUUUCCCGUGGACGUUUACAGAGGGCGCGUUGCCAUUUGCAAAAUUCAUGCUGGCCGGCCACGCAUACUGCAAGGACGAGUACGAGCACGAGUUGAGCGAGCUGGCGCAGGAAAAGAACGACGAGUCCAACGACUCAAAUACCAGGCUGUUUGUUGAAUCAGCUAUUAUGAGUGUCGAGAGCGCGCUGAAAUGUGCAGUCAUGCCGGUUGCCAGCGACCGGAAACUUGAAGAACGGGCUGUCAAGGAGCAAAUGACCCAACAACACUUGGCAAGCAAUGCGGAUAUGGAUGAUGCGAACGAAGACGACUUUUUGUACUUUUACCAGGCAGACGACGGCCAGCACAUCUACAUGCAUCCGCUACACAUGCGAGUGCUGGUCCACCAGUACGAGGACUACACUGCCCUGCCAGACUCUUUGCAGGUCAAGAUGCGGCAUUCGAUCGAGUCGACCAUCACGGAUGAAGUUCGGCAGCAGUUCAAGUUUUUAGAUCAUCUGUCGCUGCGCUGCGACGUGGUGUUUGUCGAGCCGGAGCUCAAGGGCAUUGUCUCUCGCGAGAGCAUUGGCAAAUUCAAGGCUCAACUGACACAUCGCGAAAAGCAGCAUGCGGCGCAUGCCAGACAUGUUGCCAUGGACGAGGCGAAGUCGGAGUUUUUGGCCGCUGCGGCUGCUGCCCAGGCAGAAAAUACAAGCAUCAGGUACCAAGAGGAAUGGUCGCGCAGUGGCCAGAAUAGGUUCGCUAAUGGCACGGGCACGCCGGUCAACUACAACCAAGGGACACCGAACGAAAAUAGCUUUCCGGCACUUGUUGAGAAUGAUGCCGACGCAGCAAUUGGUUCGGUGGUGGCAAGCGCGUCUCAACCAAAACCGCUCUGGCCUCGCCAGCCAAUGUCACAUACAGCCGUUGGUACCAGCGGCAGCCCAAUGAACGAUUAUUUUUGGGAGGAGCUUGACCGCGCUGCAGCCAGUCGCCAUGAUGACUGCGAAGAUGAAUUUGAGCAUGGUGCCCAUGACGACGACCUCGACGAUUUUUACGUUCGGGCAAAAGAUACAGGCUCGCAAUCUGGUCGACAGAAGGCCGUCGCAGUGCAACCAAAAAAGGGCAAAAAGGUGAUGACGUUGACUCUCACUGGCGGUAGCUCUCGGCGUCGUCGAUGAGUAAAGCGUGCGACGGUAGAGUGUGAAUUUAUUUGAAAGCAAGAUCUCAUAAACAAAUGAUUGAUGGCACGACAACAAUUGCCCAUACCUAGCGAAUAAUGUUUAUGGUGUUACGCAGCCUGAGGGUAUGGAGGUAGACGCUGAGGGCGAAAAUCAUGAGACGGAUUCUCGUCAGCUCACAGAUGGAUCUGAUAUGGGCCAAAUCACAG